AUGGUUUCGAUCCGGGUAAUCAACGGGCUCGGCUUCUCUGGAGAAUUCCUUGAUUCGCUUCCCGUCGCGCAAACCUUGGCCGGUCGUACAAACACAAAUAGCCAGACGCCUCUUGGACCCACUGUCGACUGUCAGCAGCGAACGCUCGCCGCAACAAAUCUCAAGAUUUCCGUACAAGCUCGAAACACAGACCUCCGCCUUUUGAACAGAGAAAACCCACUAGAUCAACCGCGCUCUACGUUCGAGCUGGAUACGUUCGAUUCGGAAAACUAUACGCCUGCAGGACACGAACAAUCGAUGACUGCACAGGUACAAUCUCUCCCUACCAAUAUCAAUUUCAGCGAUAGAGUCUCUGCCGCUCUCUAUGGCGGUCGGCCACAAUCGGUUGCGACCCACGCCCGUGUCGUGAACGUCAGCUCGUCUCCAGUCGAUAUUAUCACUCCCAACACAAAAGUGUUUGGAAUGGGACUUCCCUCGCCGCCUCCAGAACGCGAUGAAGAAGGGUGUCUCCCUACGAUCCAUACAGAGCCUGUCGAUUCCUUGCUUCGUUCAGGAAUCGCCAGUGCCGCUCUUGCAGCGGCAGCGCAUCAGCCAGAUGCAGAGGCAGCGUUUUUCGUUGCGGACUUGGGCCAUGUAUACAGGCAGCAUCUGCGCUGGACGAGGUGUCUUCCAAAUGUCACUCCAUUCUAUGCCGUCAAAGCGAACCCUGACCCCGUGGUUCUUCGACUGCUCUCCGCGCUGGGCAGCGGAUUUGACUGCGCAUCGAUGAACGAGAUCAAUAUGGUGUCAGAAAUCGGAGUCGACCCAUCUCGUGUCAUCUUCGCCAACCCCUGCAAACCCACGUCCUUUGUCAAGCAUGCUGCCCGGAUGGGGGUUGACAUGACAACAUUUGAUAACGUAGACGAGCUUGUCAAGAUUGCUCGAGUCCACCCUGGAGCAAAGCUCGUCCUGCGAAUCUUGACAGACGACUCGAAAAGCCUAUGUCGAUUGGGCCUGAAAUUUGGCGCGUCGCUUAUCGCAGUGCCUACGCUGCUAGCUAAAGCCAAGGAACUUGGUCUCAACGUUGUUGGGAUCAGUUUUCACGUUGGGAGUGGCUGUUAUGACACCGGGGCAUUCGCGGAUGCCGUAGCACGAGCGAAGAAGGCAUUUGAGAUGGGUCGUGAAGCUGGUUACACAUUUACGCUUCUUGACGUUGGCGGUGGAUUCGAGGGCGAGCGCUUCGAAGAGGCAGCAGCCGUCCUCGACCAGGCCCUCCAGACCCAUUUCGGUGAUUGCCCAGAGGUGAAAAUCAUUGCGGAACCCGGGCGCUUCUACGUCUCAGAAGCGUUUACGCUAGCUGCGAAUAUCAUUGCCCGACGAGGGCCUGAACGGGCGCUACUCGAAGCAGAGACAGAUGAUGGGAACCCCAGAGUCAUGUACUAUCUCAACGACGGCGUCUACGGCUCAUUCAAUUGCAUCAUGUUCGAUCAUCAAACUGUUCAUCCCAUCUGGCUCACCGUUGGCAAGGUGCUCACUGACACCUCAAGUUGGGGCAGCACAUCCAACCAGGAACGGACCUGUGCAAUGGCUAGCAGUAGCCUGUGGGGCCCAACGUGCGACUCGAUUGACUGCGUGCUGGCCAAUGUAUCGUUGCCCAUCGGACUCGAGGUUGGGGACUGGCUUGGAUUCCGAAACAUGGGCGCAUAUACAAUCUGUGCAGCGUCGUCGUUUAACGGAUUUGAUAGAACCAAGGUGGUGUACACGAUUGGGGACGAGUUUGUGGUCGAGAACCUGCUACUGCAGCCGACGACAACGAUGUGA